UGCCCUUCUACACAGUCGUCAUCAAAGUCGCUAGUAGGACGGUGAAAGAGGACACUGCUAGAGAGUUGAAGAUGGCUCAACGGUUGUGCUUGUUGCUACUGACAUUCUGGUCGAGCGUCGCGUGGGGUCAGUCCUCACCCUACUGCAGCUUCACGGGCCAGCAUACCCUGUGUCUUCACGUGGGUAUCGGCGAGACCUGCGGCAACCAAGUGCAAGCCCGCGGGGUGGGGGCACAGGAUGCCGCACUCAUUUUAGCACAGCACAACCAACUGAGGUCCCGGGUGGCCAUGGGCCAAGAAGGCAGAGGAACUCCCGGACCUCAGCCUCAGGCCUCAAACAUGAGGCUCUUGGAAUGGGAUGACGAAUUAGCUCUUGUAGCACAAAGUCAUGCUGACCAGUGCAUCUUUGAGCAUGAAUGUUCAGAUUGUCGACGUGUUUCUCGCUUUGGCGUCGGACAAAACCUGUUCAUAAGUUUCCAGAGCAACUUCGAUACUCGUAUCCAGUGGGGUCGCGCCAUUAAAGCUUGGUAUGACGAGGUGGCGGAAUUCGACCCCAAUGUUAUCCAACCUUUCCAGUUCUCGGCUCCAGUGGGCCACUACACUCAGAUGAUGUGGUGGAACACUUUCAAGGUCGGCUGCGGCUACACAAUGUUCAAGGACGGAAGCUGGUGGAAGAAGCUUUACACCUGCAAUUACGGACCAGGUGGCAACAUCAUCUUCAGCGAAAUGUACCGCAGAGGAUCUCCCUGCUCUUCCUGCCCAGCUGGUACCACCUGCUCUCUUCGAAACCCUGGGCCGGUGUGA